CGAUAUGACGAAAAGCUAUACUCGUGGGAUUUCCAGGCGUGCAAGGUGGAUUCAUAAUGAGCCAUGUAAGUCUGGUUCGAGCUGCGGCAAGGUGCCUUCGGAAGAGUCCGGCGUGCGUCGUGGAAAGAGCCUCGUACUCAGAUCACUCUGGUCAUCCGAGCCUGGUUACCUAAGGUAUAUAUCAUGUCUGCAUCUGCAUGGCUCUGCAAUUGAGCUACUUUCCCGAACAGCUCCGAGUCUUUUGUGCUGCCACCGUCUCUGUGCUGCUCGUCUUUCACAAUGCGCUUCUCUAGUCUCGUGGCCCUCGGGCUUGCCCCUUGGGCAGGCGCUCAGCUCACUGGUGUCACGGCCGGCGUAGACCCCGUCACCGGUGAGCGCCCGUCAAGAUUGGAUAUCAAUGCUCUGCACGCACAGGGUGGUCCCGCGUGGGAUCUCUUUAUUCAGGCUCUGUCUGUCAUGCAAACAGCUUCGGAGAGUGACUGGGUCUCGUACUAUCAGAUAGCGGGAAUCCACGGCAUCCCGCUUAAGGCAUACAAUGGAGUUGAACAGGUGCCGGGCGGUUCCGACUAUUCCGGCUACUGUCCCCAUGGGCAAGUCACCUUCAGCACCUGGCAUCGGCCCUACAUAGCCCUCCUCGAGCAAAUCCUGCAGAGCCACGCGCAGACCAUCGCAGACCAGUACACAGGGUCGUCGGCAGCAGCAUACCAGGCCGCGGCGAAGACACUCCGGUUCCCGUACUGGGACUGGGCCUCAUCUGCAGACCUGCCGCCAUCGACAACCACACAAACACUAGACAUCACCAGUCCCGCCGGGCCCGUCACCCUGCCGAACCCCCUCUACAGCUACAGAUUCCAGACCUUCCCGUUUCUAGACCCAGACUUUCAGAGCAACACCUUCAGCAAGUUCAGCGAGACCAAGAGGGCCGUCCCCUACAACGGGAGCAGCUCGGCCGUCAGCGACCAGGCGUCUACGAGCGCCAUCUUGGAGAUGAACCAGCCGUGGCUGCGGGACUAUGUGUACUCCGUCUUCACGCAAAGCACGCAGUUUGAGCUGAUGUCGUCGACGCAGAGCCAGGGGCCCAGCUUCGAGGCGCCCCACAAUAGCGUGCACUCCGACUUUAGCGGACUGAACUUUAUGAACAUUGGCCACAUGCAGUUUGUGUCGGUUGCUGCCUUUGACCCCAUCUUCUUCCUGCACCACACCAACGUCGACCGGCUGGUGGCCAUGUGGCAGGCCAUCUACUUCAACAGCACCAUGUUCACGUCGACGCAGCCGGGGUGGGCGCUGUUCGGCACCGCGGCCGGCGACAUAACUGCCGACAGCCCGCUGAAGCCGUUCACGGACGAGUCGGGGGCCUUCUACACAUCUAACCGCGUAGCUUCGACCCGCGCCUUCGGCUACACGUACCCGGGGCUGGAGGACUGGGGCGUGAGCAAGCCGGAGCUGGCACGGCAAGUGACGGCACGUGUCAAUACGCUGUACGGGCGGGAGCUCAAGACGGCCCCCGCGUCGGCCCCCGCGUCAAAAAUCAGGAAGCGGCAGGUCCGCUACGCGCUGCGGCAGGCCGCGCUGCCCGUGCUCAAGGACUACGCGGCGGCUAUCAGCGUCGAGCGCGUCUACCUGGCCGACCUCCUGCCCGCCACCGUCGAGCUGUUCGUCGCCGGCCGCAAGGCCGGCGAGCUGGCGCUGCUGGCCAUGCCGACCGCCGGCGUCGCGCAGUCGACCGUGCCCCUGCGCCGCACCCUCGAGGACCUCGAUGCGCCGCUCGACGACGCCGACGAGCUGGUCGCCGAGCUCAGGCUCAAGCUGCGCGUCGUGGUCAAGUCGAACAACGGCACUCAAGUCCCCGCCGCCUCGGUGCGCAGUCUAGUCAUCGAGAUCCAGGACCGCGACUUUACGCCGCCAGCCUCGGACGACGCGUUCCCCCGCUACGGCCGCAUCAACCGCCACCCGGUCAGCGUUGGGGAGCUCGACUCGUUCUAGAGCCUAGUCAGACCUGGGGAGGGGAUGGGGCAUAACAGUUCCAGAGUAGUGGUAUUUCGUGUAUAUUGGCCCCAAUCUGGUUCUGUUGUGUGGUCCAAGUUUAAGGCAGGGCUUCUCUCUUUUUUUUUCUUUUUUCUU